UGAAGACUUAAAAAGGGAAUCAUUCUCCCGCGUCUAUUUUAAACUUCGUCAACAUGUCAGACAUUAUUUACCCCAAAGAGAGUGUUUAUAACAUCAUUCCAAGGGAAGAAACUCCAACUUCAAAACCACCGAGAUAUGUGUCCAAGUUCAGACCUACAGUUCUCCAGGAGAACAAUUCAAAAAAAGACUUGAGGAGGACGAUGGGGCCAUCGGAAGUGGAGGUUCCAUCCCCAGGACAAUAUCUGAAAAAACAUUCCAAAGAACCUAAACUGCCAGAAAGUGAGUUUUCUUUAAAAAAAACAAAAUGCACAUGCACGGCGAAAAAGCCACAAGUUCCUGCAAGAACUGACAACCCACCGAUAAUUCGCACCAAAAGGGACUUUCUAAAGACAGUCGAGUGUGGUGUGCCAAAGAAGCCGCAGCCAGUCAGUGUGGAUAGCCACAAGGGACACAAACAGCAUCUGGAAACCUCUGGACUUGUCCCCAAAUACAUCAAGAAAAAGGAUUUUGGUAAAAUACCCGAGUAUCUGCAGCAGCGAAGCGAGGAGGAGCGCAGGGCUCAGGAGGAGUACGACGACUUCGUGAGAGAGCAGAGGGAGCAGAAUGCCAUGAAGCACUUAUCGGAUGAGGAGAGACAAGCCGUCCUGAAGGGCCUGAAGAGCAACUGGGACAAGCUGCAUCACGAGUACCAGGGCCUGUCUCUGAUCAUAGACACACCGUCCAAGAAAGCACACAAGCAGCGUCUGGAGGAGGCGAUGGAGGAGCUGAAGACGGACAUCGACCUCCUCCAGAGGUUCAAAACCAUUUACAUCAGCCAACAUUAA